GAACGACUGCGACUUCCAGACAAAAAUUCCCCAUAAUCUUUGAAACAUAAACGUAGAACAAAUGUACCAGAUAUACCAGUGGAGUGCCCCCAAAUGUUGAAGGUUGAGUAUCAAAAUGUUAUGUCUUGAGGAAUCAACUUUCGGAGCGGGUACAGGAAACGGUUCAGUUUUCUUUGACAGAGCGGAAAAUGGAUACCCAGAGAACACAGUCAUAUUAGAAACUCGACACAUAAGAAGGAACUUUAAAUUUCUUAAACAACAGUUGGAACCGAAUAUCAUUGUAGAUUAUCUAGUACAGCACAACAUCUUAAAUACAGACGAAAAUUCCUUUCUUAUGGGAAAACCUCGAGCAACGAAAUGCGACUUUAUUUUGUGUAAAUUGUUACAGAAUCCGAAACAUUUGAGAGAACUCAAAAGCAUAAUAAAAUGUAAUCCUCAAGAAGAGGGAUUUUAUUGUUUUCUAUCGCUUCCGUGGCCCAACUCUGAAGUCAGAGCAAGGAGGAAUCCAGCCACUGUUGAAAAAGUUCUUCACUCCCCUAGCUUGGGCAUUGUUCUGGACAGAAAUAAGGAUGAACUUCUUAAAGAAAUAAUUCUGAGGAUAUCGAAUGAAAGUGACAGCAUUGUUGACGAUUUCUUAGAGGAAGAUGUUCUGUCUGUGGAUGACCAUAAAGAAAUAUCGGCCGAAAUAAAGAAAUCCAAGGCUGCGAAUUUGCUUCUGGAAAACAUAUCAAGCAAAUUACCCGAAUCAUUCCUUAAACUGAUUUCAAUCCUCAAAGGACAUAAACUAAACGACCUUGGUGAUCGUCUUUUAAGAGAGAUAGACAGUGAUGUUUUGGACUUGGAAAGAACAGAAAACAAGGAACAAUUGAAAGUUGAAUUUGUUGGCGGUGAUAUGCAUUGUUCUAUGAUGGCUUCCAAAAUUGAAAUAAGGAAAAUUAAAAUGAUAAUCACCAGUGAUGACGGAAAUGAAAGAGUGUUUGAGAAAGUGAUAGAAGAAAUCUCAAACUCAGAGGAAAUGAUCGCUCAAGGAACACACUCUACUUUUAAUAAAGCAUCGUUAGGAUCUAUUGUUAUUGUUCUUCAAACAGAGUCAACCUUCGCAAUGACAAAAUUAAAACAUUUCUUAGAGAGGGAGGGUAUUUCCACAUUUUUGACACAGCUAUUUGGAUCAAAAGAGGUUUGGAUGCUUUUGAAGAAAGACAAGUACAGCAUUGAGGUUCAGAUCCGAGAAGCCAAAGAUCCAGCAGAAUACACCCCCGAUAUCAUGCAAUCAAUAGAACCGUCCAGGAAUACGUACAAGUCGCGUUUGGAGAGAUGUCACAAGUUCCUUUUGGAGGAACUAGAGCCACGAUGUUUACUGAAAGAACGAGAAGUUGCCGAUAUUUUUCAUCCAGUUUUGGAGAAGAUAAACAGAGCAGGCCUGAGAUCGACCAAAGUUAAAGCCUUCUUGGAAUAUCUCACAAAUCAGUCUGAGGAGAAAAUUAAAGUUGUUGUAGAAAAACUGAAGGAGAAAAACAAAUACAUUUAUAAUCAAUUGUUUCCAGAUACAGCGAAAUAUCAGGAUAUUGACAUUAAUCAAGUCAAAGGGAAUAUUUUGGACAAUUUACCGGAGUUACUGGAUAUAGUGAGGAUUCGCGCAAUUCAAACCCCUCUGUUGAGUACCGGGAUAAUAACACCAGAAGAACUGGAAUUUAUCCACAAGAGCAGCAAAAGCUGUAGGAUAGAAACUUUGCAGUUUUUAAAGUUGGUCUUACAUAGAGGAGAUGAAGCAAUAAAGAUUUUCCUCUCAGGCAUGGAAACGUCUUAUGGUGAAAGUACAGUUCAAAAUCUUCUUGAGCGGAAUGAUAAUCUCACCACAAAUGACAAUGACAGAGGACACGCAAACAUCGAUUUAAAAGCAUUCAACGAAGACGAUUGCUUAUUGUUUAAAGGAAGAUUUGUGCUUGACUUCAAGACAUAUGGUACGUUCAAAGAGGCCAUUCAGUGUAUAUAUAUUUGA